GGCAGCGCAUCGUGAACCGGCUGCGAGCUUCCUUGUUCUCCUCCGUCCUGAGGCAGGAGGUGGCUUUCUUUGACAAGACCCGCACGGGCGAGCUGAUCAACCGCCUCUCCUCGGACACGGCGCUCCUGGGCCGCUCGGUGACCGAAAACCUCUCGGACGGGCUCCGGGCCGGGGCCCAGGCCUCGGUCGGGAUCGGCAUGAUGUUUUUUGUCUCGCCGCAUCUGGCCACUUUCGUUUUGAGUGUGGUGCCUCCAAUAUCCAUCCUUGCCGUGAUUUAUGGACGAUACCUCCGGAAACUGACCAAGCUCACUCAGGACUCCCUGGCACAAGCCACGCAGCUAGCCGAGGAACGCAUCGGAAACAUCAGAACUGUUCGAGCUUUCGGGAAAGAGAUGACUGAAAUCGAGAAAUACACCAGCAAAGUGGACUUCGUGAUGCAGUUAGCAAGGAAAGAGGCGAUCGCUCGGGCGGGCUUCUUCGGAGCAACCGGGCUCUCUGGGAACCUGAUCGUGCUCUCCGUGCUGUACAAAGGCGGGCUGCUGAUGGGCAGCGCCCACAUGACCGUGGGCGAGCUCUCCUCCUUCCUCAUGUACGCUUUCUGGGUUGGAUUGAGCAUCGGAGGUCUGAGCUCAUUCUACUCGGAGCUGAUGAAAGGACUGGGCGCCGGGGGCCGCCUCUGGGAGCUGCUGGAGAGGAAGCCGGGGCUGCCUUUCGAUGAGGGGCUGACCUUGAACGAGAAGAGCUUCCAGGGUGCGCUGGAGUUCAAGAACGUGCACUUCACCUACCCGGCUCGCCCCGAGGUGCCCAUCUUCCAGGACUUCAGCCUCUCCAUCCCCUCGGGGUCCGUCACGGCGCUGGUGGGCCCCAGUGGGUCCGGCAAAUCCACGGUGGUUUCCCUCCUGCUGAGGCUGUACGACCCCCUUUCAGGGACCAUCAGUCUGGACGGUCGUGACAUCCGCCAGCUGAACCCCGUCUGGCUGAGAUCCAAGAUCGGGACAGUGAGUCAGGAACCAAUUUUGUUCUCUUGCUCAAUUGCUGAGAACAUUGCUUACGGGGCCGAGGACCCUUCUGCGGUGACUGCUGAGCAGGUGGAGAAGGUGGCGGAAGUCGCCAACGCAACUGCUUUCAUCCGCAGCUUCCCGCAGGGGUUCAGCACUAUGGUCGGAGAAAAGGGUGUUCUUCUCUCAGGUGGGCAGAAGCAGCGGAUCGCCAUCGCCCGGGCGCUGCUGAAGAAUCCCAAAAUUCUCCUCCUGGAUGAAGCCACCAGCGCGUUGGAUGCUGAGAAUGAGUAUCUGGUGCAGGAAGCUCUGGACCGACUCAUGGAAGGAAGGACGGUGCUGAUCAUCGCCCAUCGUCUGUCCACCAUCAAGAAUGCUGAUAGGGUGGCUGUUCUCGACCGAGGAAAAAUUAUCGAAUGUGGGAACCAUGACGAGCUGCUUGCCAAACCAGACGGGAUAUACAGAAAAUUGAUGAACAAACAAAGCUUCGUGUCGGCAUGAAGAAGCAAUUGCUGGCCAAGUGAAUCCAAGAGACUUUAAAACAAAACAGCACUGCAGGGGGGAAAUUCCUUAGAGAGGGUAUGGAAUCUGUAAAUGAUACUUCGAGUUCUUUGAAAUAGGCCUAUUUUUCCCAAAGUAUAUAAACUAUUGUUUUGAGAUGAACCUGUUCUCAAAACCUUUACAGUCAGAGUUUUAAUAAUUAUAACUUUCUAAAUGUCUAUAGCACUGAAGUUAUUUUCAGGUUUUAUACUUUAUUUUAUCUUGGAAUAUUUUCAUACAGCAUGGCACCUCAUUUUUUUUUACCUGCUGUUUGAGAUGGAAGUUAUUGUCAAAUGACAACUUUAAAAGGGAAUUAUAAAUUAAAAGGCCUAAUUAUUUUAGGCCUGUUUGCCAAUCACUGUGUAAUUCUCUUGGUAGUAUUCUGCCCUCUUUGGGUCGAAUGGUACCGGGUUGUGUCAUAGAACAGUGGUCGGCAAACUGCGGCUCUCGAGCCACACGCGGCUCUUUGGCCCCUUGCGUGUGGCCACGAAGUUUCAAUCGCACUGUACGUGCGUGCCCGCACGUGGUAUUUUGUGGAAGAGCCACACUCCAGGGGCCGCAGUUUGCCGACCACUGUCAUAGAAGAUGAAAACCUAGCCAUUUAUUUUAUCCUCAUGCUCAUGAAGUGAGCCUGCGAGUCAUACAUACAGAGGUAGUGACUGCCUCCUGGCGGGAAGGGAACGUUCAUAUUCUCCAUCCCCUGCGUCUUCAGAGGCGUGAGAGCACAGGAGGCUGUGUCCCUCUGGGACGAGGCUGUGUGUGGGUGUGUGUGGUCUUUAACGUUUUGGGCACAUGAGAACCUGAUGACUUUGAAAAGGGGAAGAGGCAGCCCCAUCUUUGCCUAGGAAAACUUCUAUUUUCACUACUCACCUAUUUCUCUCUGUGAGCCCCCCGGAAAGUGAGGCGUGGGCUGCCAGGCAUUAUCCAGAAAGAUGUAAAAAUGAAUUUUACAUGAUGUUGUCUAAGGCUUGUUCUGAAAAUUGUAUUUUAAAAAUGUAUCAGCCCUAACCCAAAUUUGACGGCCUUUUCUCAGUUACUUAAAUACAUUUGAAGUGUCAUUUAA